AUGGCGGCGCCCGACAAGCGGCACGACUUCAUGGAGAGCUUCGCGACGCCGCUGCUGCGGCUCAAGCCCGACAAGUGGCCCAAGUUCGUGGGCAGCGAGGAGGCAGCGGCCGCGCUCACCGAGUUCUUCGAGAAGGCGGAGGCGGCCGAGCUGGUGCUGGCGCUGGGCCCCACAGGGCAGCUGCAGCCCUGCGUGUGCUUCCCCGCCGCGCUCAAGGGCAAGGGCGUCUACUUCGUCAAGAGGAAGCGCGAGAACAUCACGCGCGACAACUACGAGGCCGGGCUGCUGGUGGGCGACAUCAGCCCCGCGCCCGUGGAGCAGCUCAUCGCCGUGGUGGAGGAGGUGCUCUACCCGCUCUUCCUGAGCGAGGGCAACGUGGCGGGCUGGCCGCGCGUGGUGGUGGACGACGUGGUGCGCCACGCACACCGCCUCAAGAACGACAUGUUCGUCAUGGGCGGCAAGAUCCAGGGGAAGCCGCUGCUGCCGCUGCCGGAGCAGCUGGACAGCCUGGCGGGCUCCAGCACCGUGCUGGAGCGGGUGCCCCGCAGCCUGGCCACCGACAGCUCGCUGCUGCACGCCGUGGAGACCAUCAUCAUCGACUGGGCGCACCAGGUGGGCGACGUGCUCAGCAAGGACUCGGCGCAGCCGCUGCUCGAGGGGCUGCACCCGCUGCCCCGCGCCGAGUUCGACUUCUGGCAGCGGCGCCUGGACAACCUGCAGUGCAUCAACGAGCAGCUGCUCUCGCCGCGCGUCUCCGCCAUCGCCGACAUCCUGCGCGACGCCCAGAGCUGCUACUGGCCGGCGCUGCAGAGCGUGUUCAGCGACGUGGCGGCCGGCCUGGAGGAAGCCCGCGACAUCUGCCUGCACCUGCGCCCGCUGCAGCUGCUGCUCGAGGACAUGGAGCAGACCGAGUACAGCCAGCUGCAGCCCUGCAUCGACCGGGUGCUCUUCACGCUGGGGCUCGUGUGGGCUCGCUCCCGCCACUACAACUCGCCCGCCAGGGUCAUCGUCAUCCUGCGCGAGAUCUGCAACCUGCUCAUCGAGAUGACCCGCAACUUCCUGAGCCCCGAGGAGGUGCUGAAGGGCCUGCAGGGCGAGAUCGAGGAGACGCUGGGCAGCGUCCGGCUGAGCGUAGCCACGGUGCAGCGGCUGCUGCGCUCGUACGACGCCUGCCGCGCCGAGCUCAUGCCGGCCUUCUUCGCGGGGCAGGAGCCGCAGUGCUGGGACUUCCCGCCCGCCCUGGCCUUCCGGAGGAUGGACUCGUUCCUGCGGCGCCUGCGGACCAUCGAGGAGCUCUACGAGACGGCCAUCGAGUUCCUCAAGCUGGAGAAGGUGGAGCUGGGCGGCGUGCGGGGCAACAUCUUCGGCAGCCAGGUCUUCCAGAUGUACGAGGAGGUGGCCGAGCUCGUGAGGGGCUUCGCUGACUGCAAGUACGACCCGCUGGACCCUGCCGAGGAGCAACUGAAUAAAGACUUUGCCGAGUUCCAGACCAAAAUCCAGGACUUGGACCGGCGCCUGACGACCAUCUUCUGCCAAGGGUUUGAUGACUGCAACAGCAUGGCCUCUGCUGUCAAGCUGGUGCACAUGUUCUCCUCGCUGUUGGAGCGACCUCUGAUCAAGGCGCAGGUUUCCCCCUACUACUCAGCGCUGCUGGAGAUGUUCAACACGGAGCUGGACAACGCCAAGCUCAUGUACGACGCGCAGGUGGCAGCCGCCACGGCCACGGGCGGCAUCCCGCCCAUCAACAAGAACAUGCCGCCCGUGGCCGGGCAGCUCAAGUGGGCGCUGGAGCUGCAGGAGCGGCUGGAGGGGCCCAGGAAGGACCUGUGGGCCAUCGACCACCCCGUCAUGGCCAGUGCGGAGGCUCAGCUGGUGUCCGGCAAGUACGAGGAGAUGAUCGAGCUGCUGCGAGGCUACCGGGAGAAGACCUACGCCGAGUGGAUCAGCAGGGUGGACCAGGACUGCCAGUUCAACCUGGAGCAGCCCCUGAUCCUCAGAGACCCCGACUCGUCGCUCAUCAGCGUCAACUUCAGCAGGGAGCUCGUCGCAGUCCUCCGGGAAGUCAAGUACCUGACCUUCCAGCAGCAGAAGGACAUUCCGGCCAGCGCUGAGAGUCUCUUUGCGCAGAACGAGAUGUUCAGGAAGUUCGUGGACAACCUGGACCUCAUCGUCACCUGGUACAACAAGAUCCGGCUGACGGUGCUGUCGGUGGAGCUGCCGCUGGUCACCGGGGAGCUGCAGGGCAUCGACGGGCAGCUGCAGCAGGCCGAGCAGAGCCUCUUCUGGAACCACGCGGGUGUCAUGGAGUACAUCCAGGAGAUGAGAGACGUCGUGUCCAACUUGGAGACCAGAAUCCAGAGAGCAAAGCUAAACGUGGAAAACAUCACUCACCUCAUGGAGGAGUGCUCGGCCAGCCCCUUGUUUGAAAGGAAGGACAACAAGGAGACGGCGCUGCUGGACCUGGACGGGAAAGCCAACCACUUAAACAAGCGCUACGCGGCCAUCAGGGACGUGGGUGUGAAGAUCCAGAACAUGGUGAUGGAAAAUGCUGACCUAUUUAAGGCCGAUACAUCAUCGGAGAAGUGGCUGAACUACGUGGAAUACAUAGACGAGAUAAUACUGGACGGGUUCUUCAAGCUCAUUCAGAAAUCGUUACAGUUCCUGCUCAGCAACAUGGUCCCAGAUGCCAGCGUGGCCCCGCUGUUCGAGGCACACAUGGAGCUCUACGAGGACCGCGUGCGGCACCGGCCGCCCAUGGAUGCGGCCGAGGACAACAGCUUCUUCGAGCUGGUGGACGGGCUGCUCAAGGACAUCUAUGCCUCGGCCAAGUUCAUCCCACGCCUGGUGCAGGGCAAGCUCAACUACCAGACCGACCUGGAGGACAUGGCAGACCUGAGCGAGAUGCGGGAGGAGGUGGUGGCGCUGGUGGUGAGCGCCACGAAGCGGGCGAGCGAGCACGAGGCCUCCUUCGAGAGCUACUCCUACCUGUGGCUGGACGACCCCCAGGAGUUCCUGCAGCGCUUCCUGGCGUUCGGGCGCGCGCUGACGCCCGACGAGCUGGAGGCGCACGCCGAGGAGUUCCUGCCGCGCACGCCGCCCACGCUCGCGCACUUCCAGCAGCAGAUCGACUCCUACGAGAAGCUCUACGAGGAGGUGUCGCGGUUCGAGAACUGCCGCGUCUUCGGCGGCUGGCUGCAGGGCGACUGCCGCCCCUUCAAGCAGGCGCUGCUCAACAUCGUCAAGCGCUGGAGCCUGCUCUUCAAGCAGCACCUCAGCGACCACGUCACCACCAGCCUGCAGGAGCUGGAGAACUUCAUGAAAGAAGCCAACGCCGGCCUGAUGAAACCCCUCAAAGAGGGCGACUACGACGGGCUGGUGGAGGUGAUGGGCCACCUGAUGCGGGUGAAGGACAGGCAGGCGGCUACGGAUGGCAUGUUCGAGCCGCUGAAGGAAACGAUCGCGCUGCUGAAGACCUACGGCGAGGAGAUGCCCGAGGAGAUCCACCAGCAGCUGCACGACCUGCCCGAGCAGUGGAACAACACCAAGAAGCUCUCCUUCCAGGUGAAGCAGAACGUGGCGCCGCUGCAGGCCAACGAGGUCAACAUCCUGCGCAGGAAGUGCCAGCAGUUUGAGGUCCGGCAGCAAGAAUUCCGUGAGAAGUUCCGGGAAUGCGCCCCCUUCUCCUACAGCGACCCCGACCCCUACAAGUCCCUCAACAAGCAGCAGAAGAGGAUCGCGGCCCUGGAGAGCGACAUGGCAGCGCUGUCCACGUCGGCCGGGCUCUUCGAGGUGUCUGUCCCCGACUACAAGCAGCUCAAGGCCUGUCACAAGGAAGUGCGGCUGCUCAAGGAGCUCUGGGACAUGAUCGUCCUGGUCAACACCAGCAUUGAUGACUGGAAGACCACCAGGUGGAAGGACAUCAACGUGGAGCAGAUGGAUAUCGACUCUAAGAAGUUUGCUAAGGACAUUCGCAGCUUGGACAAGGAGAUGAGAAGCUGGGAUGCGUUCAGCGGGCUGGACAACAGCGUGAAGAACAUGAUCACAUCCCUGCGGGCGGUGAACGAGCUGCAGAACCCGGCCAUCCGGGACCGGCACUGGCACGAGCUCAUGCAGGCAGCCAAGGUGAACUUCACCAUGUCCGAGGACACGACGCUCGCAGAGCUGCUGCAGCUCAACCUGCACAAGUUUGAGGACGAGGUCCGCGGCAUCGUGGACAAAGCCGUCAAGGAGUCGGGCAUGGAGAAGGUGCUGAAGGCUCUGGACGUCACCUGGUCGGCGAUGCAGUUCGAGCACGAGCCCCACGCCAGGACGGGCACCAUGCUCCUCAAGUCGGACGAGGCGCUCAUCGAGACGCUGGAGGACAACCAGGUGCAGCUGCAGAACCUCAUGACGUCCAAGUACUUGGCCUUCUUCCUCCAGGAGGUGUCCAGCUGGCAGCAGAAGCUCUCUACCACCGACUCCGUCAUAAGCAUCUGGUUUGAGGUGCAGAGAACGUGGAGUCACCUCGAGAGCAUCUUCAUUGGCUCCGAAGACAUCCGCAAUCAGCUGCCGGAAGACUCCAAGCGUUUUGACUCCAUUGAUAAGGAUUUCAAGGAACUAAUGGCAGACGCAGUGAAAACCCCCAAUGUAAUCGAGGCAACAAAUAAGCCCGGACUCUAUGACAAGUUAGAAGCCUUGCAGAAAAGAUUGGCGCUGUGCGAGAAGGCUCUGGCUGAAUACCUAGAGACGAAACGCUUGGCUUUCCCCAGAUUCUACUUUGUUUCUUCUGCAGACCUGCUGGACAUUUUAUCUAACGGAAACGAGCCCACCGAGGUGUCCCGGCACCUGUCCAAGCUGUUUGACAGCCUCGCUAAACUCAAGUUCCGCAUGGGUCCGGACAACAAGCCCCUCAAGAUCGGCCUGGGCAUGUUCAGCAAGGAGGAGGAGUACGUGGACCUGGACAAGGAGUGCGACCUGUCCGGCCAGGUGGAGGUGUGGCUGAACCGCGUGCUGGAGAGGAUGUGCUCCACGCUGCGGCACCUCAUCCCCGAGGCCGUGGUCACCUACGAGGAGAAGCCGCGCGAGCAGUGGGUGUUCGACUACCCGGCGCAGAUAGCGCUGACGUGCACCCAGAUCUGGUGGACCACCGAAGUCGGCAUUGCCUUUGCAAGGCUGGAGGAAGGAUAUGAAAAUGCCAUUAAAGAUUACAACAAGAAGCAGAUCAACCAGCUGAACGCGCUGAUCUCACUGCUCCUUGGAAACCUGAGUGCAGGGGACAGAAUGAAGAUCAUGACAAUCUGCACCAUAGACGUUCAUGCCAGGGACGUUGUGGCCAAAAUGAUUCUUGCAAAGGUGGAGAGCGCGCAGGCCUUCACGUGGCAGUCGCAGCUGCGGCACCGCUGGGACGAGGAGCAGCGGCACUGCUACGCCAACAUCUGCGACGCGCAGCUGCAGUACUCGUACGAGUACCUGGGCAACACGCCGCGCCUGGUCAUCACGCCGCUCACCGACCGGUGCUACAUCACCCUGACCCAGUCCCUGCACCUCAUCAUGGGGGGCGCCCCCGCCGGGCCCGCCGGCACCGGCAAGACCGAGACCACCAAGGACCUGGGCCGCGCCGUGGGCAUGAUGGUUUACGUCUUCAACUGCUCCGAGCAGAUGGACUACAAGUCCUGCGGCAACAUCUACAAGGGGCUGGCGCAGACGGGCGCCUGGGGCUGCUUCGACGAGUUCAACCGCAUCGCGGUGGAGGUGCUCUCCGUCAUCGCCGUGCAGGUGAAGUGUGUCCAGGAUGCCAUCCGCGCCAAGAAGAAGAAGUUCAACUUCCUGGGGGAGAUGAUCGCUCUGAUCCCGUCCGUCGGGCUCUUCAUCACCAUGAAUCCCGGCUACGCGGGACGGACGGAACUGCCGGAGAAUUUGAAAGCUCUGUUCAGGCCCUGUGCCAUGGUCGUCCCGGACUUCGAGCUUAUCUGUGAAAUCAUGCUUGUUGCGGAAGGUUUUAUUGAUGCUAAGCUUCUGGCAAGGAAGUUUAUUACUCUGUACACGCUGUGCAAAGAGCUACUGUCCAAACAGGACCACUACGACUGGGGGCUGCGGGCCAUCAAGUCCGUGCUGGUGGUCGCCGGCUCCUUGAAGAGGGGCGACCCCGGCCGCGCGGAGGACCAGGUCCUCAUGAGAGCUCUGCGAGACUUCAACAUCCCCAAGAUCGUGACGGACGACCUGCCCGUGUUCAUGGGGCUCAUCGGAGACCUCUUCCCGGCCCUGGACGUUCCUCGGAAGCGGGACCUCAACUUCGAGAAGCUCAUCAAGCAGUCCAUGCUGGAGCUGAAGCUGCAGGCGGAGGAGAGCUUCGUGCUGAAGGUGGUGCAGCUCGAGGAGCUGCUGCAGGUCAGGCACUCGGUGUUUGUCAUCGGCAACGCUGGCUGCGGCAAGUCACAGGUGCUGAAAUCCCUCCACAAGACCUACCAGAUCAUGAAGCGCAAGCCGGUGGCUGUGGACCUGGACCCCAAAGCCGUGACCUGCGACGAGCUCUUUGGGAUCAUCCACCCAUCGACCCGCGAGUGGAAGGACGGUCUCUUCUCCACCACCAUGCGCGACCUGGCCAACAUCACCCACAAGGGGCCCAAGUGGAUCAUCCUCGACGGAGACAUUGACCCCAUGUGGAUCGAGUCCCUGAACACGGUCAUGGAUGACAACAAGGUCCUCACCUUGGCCAGCAACGAGCGCAUCCCCCUGAACCCCACCAUGCGGCUGCUCUUCGAGAUCAGCCACCUGCGCACCGCCACGCCGGCCACCGUGUCCCGUGCCGGCAUCCUCUACAUCAACCCCGCCGACCUGGGCUGGAACCCUGUGGUCACCAGCUGGAUCGAGAAGCGGACGGUGCAGUCGGAGAAGGCCAACCUGAUGAUCCUCUUCGAUAAGUACCUGCCCACGUGCCUGGAGAAGCUCAAGUUCGGCUUCAAGAAGAUCACGCCGGUGCCCGAGAUCACGGUGAUCCAGACCACGCUGUACCUGCUGGAGUGCCUGCUGACACCGCAGCACGCGCCGCCCGACUCCCCGCGCGAGCUCUACGAGCUCUACUUCGUCUUCGCCUGCGCCUGGGCCUUCGGCGGGGCCAUGUUCCAGGACCAGCUCGUGGACUAUCGCGUGGAGUUCAGCAAGUGGUGGGUCAACGAGUUCAAGACCAUCAAGUUCCCUUCCCAAGGGACCAUCUUCGACUACUACAUCGACCCCGAGACAAAGAAAUUCAUGCUCUGGACGGAAAAGGUGCCCAAAUUUGAACUGGACCCAGAGGUGCCUUUACAGGCCUCCAUGGUGCACACGACCGAGACCGUGCGCAUCCGCUACUUCAUGGACCUGCUCAUGGAGAAGCAGUGGCCGGUGAUGCUGGUGGGGAACGCGGGCACGGGCAAGUCGGUCAUGAUGGGGGACAAGCUGGAGGCGCUGAGCACAGACGACUACCUGGUGCAGUCGGUGCCCUUCAACUUCUACACCACGUCGGCCAUGCUGCAGGCCAUCCUGGAGAAGCCGCUGGAGAAGAAGUCGGGCAGGAACUACGGCCCCCCCGGCACGCGGCGCCUCAUCUACUUCAUCGAUGACAUGAACAUGCCGGAGGUGGACAAGUACGGCACCGUGGCCCCGCACACGCUCAUCCGGCAGCACAUGGACCACGGGCACUGGUACGACAGGAACAAGCUGACGCUGAAGGACAUCCACAACUGCCAGUACGUGGCCUGCAUGAACCCCACCGCCGGCUCCUUCACCAUCGACUCGCGGCUGCAGCGGCACUUCUGCGUCUUCGCCGUGAGCUUCCCCGGCCAGGAGGCCCUGCUGACCAUCUACAGCGCCAUCCUGGCACAGCACCUGGCGCAGCGCAGGAUGCCGCAGGCCGUGCAGAAGCUGCAGCCGCAGCUGGUGACGGCCGCCCUGGCCCUGCACCAGAAGGUCACCUCCACCUUCCUGCCCACCGCCAUCAAGUUCCACUACAUCUUCAACCUCCGCGACCUCUCCAACAUCUUCCAGGGGCUGCUGUUCUCCAGCCCCGAGUGCCUCCGCGCGCCCCUCGACCUGGUGCGACUCUGGCUGCAUGAGGCCAGCCGGGUGUACGGGGACAAGCUGGUCGACGAGAAGGACCAGGAGACCUUCAGCCGCCUCCUCACCGCCACCUGCAAGAAGUUCUUCGACGACUUCAGGGAAGACCAGAUAUUCGCCAAGCCCAACAUCUACUGCCACUUUGCCCAGGGCAUCGGGGAGCCCAAGUACCUGCCAGUGCCCAACUGGCCCUCGCUGAACAAGCUGCUGGUGGAGGCCCUGGACAGCUACAACGAGGUCAACGCUGUGAUGAACCUGGUGCUCUUUGAGGACGCCGUGUCCCACAUCUGCCGCAUCAGCCGCAUCCUGGAGUCGCCGCGCGGCAACGCGCUGCUGGUGGGAGUGGGCGGCAGCGGGAAGCAGAGUCUGUCGCGGCUGGCAGCCUACAUCAGCGCCCUGGAUGUGUUCCAGAUCACGCUGAAGAAGGGAUACGGCAUCCCCGACCUCAAGAUGGACCUGGCCUCCCAGUACAUCAAGGCCGCCGUGAAGAACAUCCCCACCGUCUUCCUGAUGACCGACUCGCAGGUGGCCGAGGAGCCCUUCCUCGUCCUCAUCAACGACUUCCUGGCCUCCGGAGAGAUCCCGGGGCUCUUCCAGGACGACGACCUGGAAAACAUCAUGAAUUCCAUGAGGCCGCAAGUGAAGUUCCUUGGAUUGCAAGACUCUCGGGAAAACUGCUGGAAGCUCUUUAUUGAAAAAGUCAGACGGCAGCUGAAGGUGAUCCUCUGCUUCUCGCCCGUGGGCUCCACGCUGCGCGUGCGCGCCAGGAAGUUCCCGGCCGUGGUGAGCUGCACGGCCAUCGACUGGUUCCACGAGUGGCCCCAGGACGCGCUCGUCUCCGUCAGCAGCCGCUUCCUGGAGGAGACGGCGGGUAUCGAGCCGGAGGUGAAGGCCUCCAUCAGCCAGUUCAUGUCCUUCGUCCACACGAGCGUUAACGAGAUGUCCAAGACCUACCUGGCCAUGGAGCGACGCUAUAACUACACCACGCCAAAAACCUUUCUGGAGCAGAUAAAGCUCUACCAGAACCUGCUGUCCAAGAAAAGGCAGGAGCUCAUCGCCAGGAUCGACCGGCUGGAGAACGGCCUGAUGAAGCUGCAGAGCACGGCGUCCCAGGUGGACGACCUGAAGGCCAAACUGGCCAUCCAGGAGGCAGAGCUGAAGCAGAAGAACGAGGACGCAGACAAGCUGAUCCACGUGGUGGGCGUCGAAACGGAGAAGGUCAGCAAGGAGAAAGCCAUCGCCGACGAGGAGGAGCUGAAGGUCCAGGUCAUCAACACGAACGUGGCAGAGAAGCAGCGUGCCUGCGAGACUGACCUGGCGAAGGCAGAGCCCGCGCUGGUGGCCGCCCAGGAGGCCCUCAACACCCUCAACAAGAACAACCUGACGGAGCUGAAGUCCUUCGGGUCCCCGCCGCAAGCGGUGGUGAACGUCACGGCAGCCGUGAUGAUCCUGACGGCGCCGGGGGGCAGGAUCCCCAAGGAUAAAAGCUGGAAAGCAGCAAAAAUCAUGAUGGGAAAGGUGGACACCUUCCUGGAUGCCUUGAAGAAGUUUGACAAGGAGCACAUCCCUGAGGCCUGCCUCAAAGCCUUCAAGCCCUACCAGUCAGACCCGAAUUUCGACCCCGAGUCCAUCCUGUCCAAGUCGACGGCCGCUGCCGGGCUCUGCUCCUGGUGCUUGAACAUCGUGCGCUUCUACGAGGUCUACUGCGACGUGGCGCCCAAGCGGCAGGCGCUGGAGGAGGCCAACGCGGAGCUGGCCGAGGCGCAGGACAAGCUCACCCGCAUCAAGAACAAAAUCGCGGACCUCAAUGCCAACUUGGCCACUCUCACGGCGGAGUUCGAGAAAGCCACAGCUGAAAAGAUCAAGUGUCAGCAAGAGGCAGAUGCCACCAACAGAGUCAUCACGCUAGCCAACAGGCUGGUCGGGGGUCUGGCCUCCGAAAACGUCCGCUGGGCCGAGUCCGUGGAGACCUUCCAGGCGCAGGGGAAGACGCUGUGCGGGGACGUGCUGCUCAUCUCCGCCUUCGUCUCCUACGUCGGCUACUUCACCAAGAAGUACCGUGCUGAGCUCAUGGACAAGCACUGGAUCCCCUUCCUCGGCGGGCUGAAGGUGCCCAUCCCCAUCACCCCCGAGCUGGACCCGCUGAGCCUGCUCACCGACGACGCCGAGGUGGCGGCCUGGAGCAACCAGGGGCUGCCCAGCGACCGCAUGUCCACCGAGAACGCCACCAUCCUCUGCAACACCGAGCGCUGGCCGCUCAUCGUGGAUGCCCAGCUCCAGGGCAUCAAGUGGAUCAAGAACAAAUACGGGCAGGAGCUGAAGGCCAUCCGGCUGGGCCAGCGCAACUACCUGGACACCAUCGAGCAGGCCGUGUCGCAGGGCCACACGCUGCUCAUCGAGAACAUUGGCGAGACCGUGGAGCCGGUGCUGGACCACCUGCUGGGCAGGAACACCAUCAAGAAGGGCCGGUACAUCAAGAUAGGGGACAAGGAGGUGGAGUAUCACCCGCAUUUCCGCCUCAUCCUGCACACCAAGUACUUCAACCCGCACUACAAGCCGGAGAUGCAGGCGCAGUGCACGCUCAUCAACUUCCUCGUGACACGCGACGGGCUGGAGGACCAGCUACUGGCCGCCGUGGUGGCCAAGGAGCGCCCGGACCUGGAGAGCCUCAAGGCGAAUCUCACCAAGAGCCAGAACGAGUUCAAGAUCAACCUGAAGGAGCUGGAGGACUCGCUGCUCGCCCGGCUCUCCGCGGCGUCGGGGGAUUUCCUGGGAGACACGGCGCUGGUGGAGAACCUGGAGACCACGAAGCGCACGGCCAUGGAGAUCGAGGAGAAGGUGAAGGAAGCCAAGGUCACCGAAAUGCAGAUAAAUGUCGCCAGAGAACAUUACCGGCCGGCAGCGGAAAGAGCCUCGCUGCUCUACUUCAUCCUGAGCGACCUCAACAAGAUCAACCCCAUCUACCAGUUCUCCCUGAAGGCCUUCAACGUGGUCUUCGAGAAGGCCAUCCAGCGCACCAGCCCGGCCGACGAGGUCAGGCAGCGGGUGGUCAACCUCACGGACGAGAUCACCUACUCGGUCUUCAUGUACACGGCCCGGGGGCUCUUCGAGAAGGACAAGCUCAUCUUCCUGGCGCAGGUGGCCUUCCAGGUGCUCACGGUGAAGAAGGAGGUGAACCCAGUGGAGCUGGACUUCCUGCUGCGCUUCCCCUUCAAGGCCGGCGUCACGUCGCCCGUGGACUUCCUGCAGUCCCAGGGCUGGGGCGGCAUCAAGGUCCUCUCGGAAAUGGACGAGUUCAAGAACCUGGACAGCGACAUCGAGGGAUCGGCAAAGCGCUGGAAGAAGUUUGUGGAGUCGGAGACGCCCGAGAAGGAGGUGUUCCCCAAGGAGUGGAAGAACAAGACGGCGCUGCAGAAGCUGUGCAUGCUGCGCUGCAUGCGCCCCGACCGCAUGACCUACGCCGUGAGGAACUUUGUGGAGGAGAAGAUGGGCAGCAAGUUUGUGGAAGGCAGGAGCGUGGAGUUUGCCAAGUCCUAUGAAGAGAGCAGCCCGUCCACGGCCAUAUUCUUCAUCCUCUCGCCCGGCGUCGACCCGCUGAAGGACGUGGAAGCUCUGGGAAAGAAGCUGAACUUCACCAUUGACAAUGGGAAAAUCCACAACGUGUCGCUGGGGCAAGGCCAGGAGAUCGUGGCAGAGAACGCCCUGGACGUGGCCUCCCAGCAGGGCCACUGGGUCAUUCUGCAGAACAUCCACCUGGUAGCCAGGUGGCUGAGCACGCUGGACAAGAAGGUGGAGCGCUACAGCACGGGCAGCCACGCGGACUACAGGGUGUUCAUGAGCGCCGAGCCGGCGCCCAGCCCCGAGACGCACAUCAUCCCGCAGGGGCUGCUGGAGAACGCCAUCAAGAUCACCAACGAGCCGCCCACCGGCAUGCACGCCAACCUGCACAAGGCGCUGGACCUCUUCACGCAGGACACGCUGGAGAUGUGCAGCAGGGAGAUCGAGUUCAAGUGCAUCCUGUUCGCACUCUGCUACUUCCACGCCGUGGUGGCCGAGCGGCGCAAGUUCGGGGCGCAGGGCUGGAACCGCUCCUACCCCUUCAACAACGGCGACCUCACCAUAUCCAUCAACGUGCUCUACAACUACCUGGAGGCCAACCCCAAGGUCCCCUGGGACGACCUCCGCUACCUCUUUGGGGAGAUCAUGUACGGCGGCCACAUCACGGACGACUGGGACCGCCGCCUGUGCCGCACCUACCUGAGCGAGUACAUCCGCGUGGAGAUGCUGGAGGGCGAGACGUACCUGGCGCCGGGCUUCCUCAUCCCUCCCAACCUGGACUACAAGGGGUACCACGAAUACAUCGACGAGAACCUGCCACCCGAGAGCCCCUACCUGUACGGCCUCCACCCCAACGCAGAAAUCGGCUUCCUGACCAUCACCUCGGACAAGCUGUUCCGCACAGUUCUGGAAAUGCAGCCCAAAGAAUCGGACACAGGCGGCGGCGCGGGCGUUUCCCGCGAGGAGAAGGUGAAGGCAGCCCUGGACGAGAUCAUCGAGAAGCUACCAGAGCCAUUCAACAUAGCAGAGAUCAUGGCAAAGGCAGUGGAUAAGACGCCCUACGUUGUGGUCGCCUUCCAGGAGUGCGAAAGGAUGAACAUCUUGACCAACGAGAUCAGGCGCUCUCUGAAAGAGCUGAACCUGGGCCUGAAGGGCGAGCUGACCAUCACGUCGGACAUGGAGGAGCUGGCCAACGCGCUCUUCUACGACAGCGUGCCCGAGUCCUGGACACACUUCGCAUACCCCUCUCUCCUCAGCCUCGGCGCCUGGUACACAGACCUGCUGCUCCGCAUUAGGGAGCUCGAGGUCUGGACCACGGACUUCGUGCUGCCCGCGACCGUGUGGCUUGCCGGCUUCUUCAACCCCCAGUCUUUCCUCACCGCUAUCAUGCAGUCGAUGGCGAGAAAAAAUGAGUGGCCCCUGGACAAGAUGUGUCUUUCCGUGGAAGUAACCAAGAAAAACCGCGAGGAUAUGACAGCUCCCCCCCGCGAAGGCUCCUACGUGCACGGCUUAUUCAUGGAAGGCGCGCGCUGGGACGUCCCCUCUGGAGUCAUUGCGGAUGCGAGGCUGAAGGAGCUGACGCCUAUGAUGCCCGUCAUCUUCAUCAGAGCCAUCCCUGUGGACCGUAUGGACACCAAGAACAUCUAUGAGUGUCCUGUCUACAAGACUCGGAUGCGAGGUCCCACCUAUGUCUGGACCUUUAACCUGAAGACAAAAGAAAAGGCAGCUAAGUGGAUUCUUGCUGCUGUUGCUCUUCUCCUACAGAUCUAGGCUUCAGUGGCUAUGGAAAACACCAGCUGCUUUUACUUGCCCCAAGAAAUAAAGUUGUUUUCCU